UGGGCGAGCUUCCCGCGGCCGCAGGAUGUUUUGCAAGCGCCUCGGCGGAGAUGGGGCUCGGGGAGCAGCGCCGCAAAGCUGGGCCGGCGGCAGCAACGACGACAGCGACGACCCCCACGGCUGCAACGGCACCGUCGCCCCCCGAUCGCCUUGAGAGAGCCCUGCUCCGGAGGCGGCGGCGGCGGCGGCACCACCACCAGCGGGGCGGCUAGACAGAGUAGGCGGCGCCCCCCGCGCGCAACCCCCCGGGCGGCUCGGCUGGCUGGCUCCGUGCGCUUCGGGUCCGGAGGGAGAGGGCGGACGCGGCUGCCCGCUGCGGGCUCCGGGCUCCCUGCUCCGGCGGCUUGUAGCCUGGAGUGGCCCGGGGCCCGGAGAUGUCCGCCUUCUGCCUGGGCUUGGCAGGGCCCGUUUCAGCACCACCGGAGCUGGACAGCGCCUGCCGCAUGGAGCUGCCUGGGACGCCUUCGGCGGCGGCGGCGGCAGGCCAGGACAGCCGGUGCCCAGCUGCGCCCGCGGGCCCUGCGGCUUCUUCCCCGGCCUCGGGAGAUCUGGAGUUGGCGCUGGAGGAGGAGCUGGCUCUGCUGGCCGCUGCCGGGGACUCGUCGUCGUCCGAGCCGGAGCCACAGGCCUCGGCCGUGCCCGAGCCGGAGUUGCUCUCCUUGAUGAGGCAGAAGGAGAAAGAUUUGCUGCUGGCCGCACGGCUGGGGAAAGCGCUGCUGGAGCGCAACCAGGAUAUGAGUCGCCAGUACGAGAGGAUGCACAAGGAGCUGACGGACAAGCUGGAGCACCUGGAACAAGAGAAACAUGAACUAAGGCGAAGGUUUGAGAACAAAGAGGGGGAAUGGGAAGGAAGGGUGUCAGAGCUGGAGAGCGACGUGAAACAGCUCCAGGAUGAACUGGAGAAACAACAGGUCCAUCUACGGGAAGCAGAUCGAGAGAAGACUCGGGCGGUCCAGGAACUAUCUGAACAGAACCAAAGACUCUUGGAUCAGCUCAGCAGGGCAACAGACGUGGAAAGACAACUGUCUACGCAGGUCCAUGUCCUCCAAGAGGACUUCAGGGAGAAGAACUCAUCAACCAGCCAGCAUAUAAUACGACUUGAGAGUCUUCAAGCUGAGCAAAUCCUUGAAAUCAAGAUGCUUACAGAUAGAAAGCAUGAGUUAGAGCGUCGCCUCAGUGCCAUGAUGGAGGAAAAUAAUCUCCUUCAGGGAACAGUGGAGGAGCUUCAAGACCGAGUGUUAAUCUUAGAACGACAAAGCCAUGAGAAGGACGUGCAGUUGCAUCAGAGCCAGACGGAACUCCAGGAGGUGAGACUGUCUUAUCGGCAGCUGCAGAUGAAAGUGGAGGAGCUCAGUGAGGAAAGAAGCCUCCAACAUUUCAACUCGACCAGCACAUCCUUGCUGUCAGAGAUUGAACAAAGCAUGGAGGCUGAGGAGCUGGAGCAAGAGAGAGAACAGCUGAGGCUCCAGCUUUGGGAAGCUUACUGUCAAGUCAGGUACUUGUGCACACACCUCAGAGGGAAUGACAGUGCAGAUUCUGCAGUCUCAACAGACUCAUCCAUGGAUGAAUCCUCAGAAACCUCAUCCGCCAAAGACGUGCCAGCUGGCAGUCUACGCACUGCUCUCAGUGAGCUGAAGCGACUGAUACAAAGUGUUACAGAUGGCACAGACUCCCCGAGCUCUCGGAGAAGUGACGAUGAUGCCUUAGAAGAACAGAUCAAGCAGACGAGUGAGGACUCAAGAGUCCUGAGGGAGCUAAUGGAAGGCGAGCGGGGGAAACUGAGGCAGAGCCUGGAAGAGCUGCAGCAACUCCACAGCCAGGUAACAUUGCUGAGCGUAGAAAUGACAUCCCUUAAAGAAGAAAGGGACAGACUUCGAGGGACUGUUGAUGAUAAAGACACAAGCGAACAACUCUUGAAAGCUAUCAGGGAUCGGGAUGAAGCAAUUGCCAAGAAGAAUGCUGUCGAAAUGGAACUAGCCAAGUGCAAGAUUGACAUGAUGUCUUUGAAUAGCCAGCUCCUGGAUGCCAUUCAGCAGAAACUGAAUCUUUCUCAGCAGCUUGAGGCGUGGCAGGAUGAUAUGCACAGGGUCAUUGACCAGCAGCUGAUGGACAAACAUCCAAAGGAAUGGAGCCAGCCCACUUACUCCUUCUCCCACGGUCCAGGAGCCAAGCGGCGCAGCAGACCCUCUCCCUUGCUGAGGCCCGAGCAGCAAGGGGCCGAGCCCGUCGGAGCAGAAGGGAAUCGCCUCUUUUCUUUCUUCAAGAAAAAUUAGUCGGAACGGAGUGAGCAGUUUCCAGUUAUCCUCCCCCCCCCCAACUUUUUGGGGUGGGAGUUGAGGUGAAGGAAGCUGGGGUUGGUAAGUGAGCCCAGCUGGUGAUGGAUGGUCCCAAAUUCUGAUCAAAGAAGAAAACCGCCAAAGGGCAAAGGAGUUAACCCUUGAACUCUGCACUAUUUGCAACCCGCCGUGGUCUGAACUCAAGUGUUUACAUAUGUCAUAGUAAAAUUGCAGAUCUCCAAUGUGAUAGCAAUUGAAAGGAUUUUUUUCCUAUACCUUAAGCAACAUGAAAAAGAAAACACAAAACCUUCAGGGUCUAUUGUUAGGUCCACUCUGUUUCUGCUGUGAGUAUUCCAGGUGUCUUAAAGUCAUUUCUCUUUUGCCAGAGGGAGCACUUUAAAGGAGCUGGCUCUGGGUGGGAGUUAGGAAGGAAGGAAGGAAGGAAGGAAGGAAGGAAGGAAGGAAGGAAGGAAGGAAGGAAGGAAGGAAGGAAGGAAGGAAGGAA